CAGCGGUCCAGGGCUCGGGGAAAAAAAUCGAAGCGAGGAGGAUCUGGUAACGGUACGCUUUGUAGAAAUUUCACCCAUCCCGAGUCGCUAUCGAAGGGCUCGGCAGGAAUUCACCGUUUCUUUACAAAGGUUAGAGGUCACAGAGCAGGGUUGCGGUUGUCGUCAUGGCAUCUGGAAGUACGAGCAGUGAGGAGGAGCGGAGCCUGAGGGAGUGUGAGCAGUACGUGCAGAAACACAACAUUCAACAGCUGCUGAAGGACUGCAUUGUCCAACUGUGCACCUCCAGGCCAGACAGGCCCAUGGCCUUCCUCAGGGAGUACUUCGAGAGGCUGGAGAAGGAGGAGGCCAAGCAGAUUCAGAACCAGCAGAAGGCCAGCAGUUCCCGUUCAGACUCCCGUGAUGAGGAGGUGUCUCCACCCAUGAACCCGGUGGUAAAGGGUCGCCGGCGGAGAGGAGCCUUCAGCGCAGAGGUUUACACAGAGGAGGACGCAGCCUCAUAUGUCAGAAAGGUCAUUCCGAAAGACUACAAGACGAUGGCAGCCUUGGCCAAAGCUAUUGAAAAGAAUGUGCUCUUCUCACAUCUGGACGACAACGAGAGGAGCGACAUAUUUGAUGCAAUGUUUCCAGUCACCUACAUCGCCGGAGAAACGGUUAUUCUGCAGGGUGACGAAGGUGACAAUUUCUAUGUUAUCGACCAAGGAGAAAUGGAUGUGUACGUGAACAAUGAAUGGGUGACUAGCAUUGGAGAAGGUGGCAGCUUUGGAGAGCUGGCGCUGAUAUACGGCACCCCGAGGGCGGCCACAGUUAGAGCCAAGACCAACGUCAAGCUGUGGGGCAUCGACAGAGACAGCUACAGGAGAAUACUUAUGGGAAGCACUUUGAGAAAGAGGAAGAUGUACGAGGAAUUCCUCAGGAAAGUGUCCAUUUUAGAGUCUCUUGACAAAUGGGAGCGCCUGACAGUCGCUGAUGCUCUGGAGCCCGUCCAGUUUGAGGACGGACAGAAGAUUGUUGUGCAGGGAGAGCCUGGAGAUGAGUUCUUCAUUAUCUUGGAGGGUUCUGCAGCUGUGUUGCAGCGUCGCUCAGAGAACGAGGAGUUCGUUGAAGUAGGGAGAUUAGGACCUUCAGACUACUUUGGUGAGAUUGCUCUGCUGAUGAACCGUCCCCGCGCUGCCACCGUGGUCGCCCGCGGCCCCCUGAAGUGCGUGAAGCUCGACCGGCCCCGCUUCGAGCGCGUCCUGGGUCCCUGUUCAGACAUUCUCAAACGUAACAUCCAACAGUACAACAGCUUCGUCUCGCUGUCUGUGUGAAGGGGCUCGUCUUCCCGCCCCACUCUCUCUCCCCCCCUCUCCCUCUUUUUCUCCUUUUAGACCCAGGGUCCACCAAUGCAAUUUGCUUUUCUUUUUUUUUCUUUUGCCACUUUGUUCUUUCUGAUGCUUUUUUCCCCCCUCCCUUUUUGUUUUACACACACACUUCAUUUUGUUGUUACCACCCAUCACGCAGAGAUGACUUUUAGCCAUUCACCAGCGCUUGUACCAGCUGCUGUACGCUACCUUGUAGGCACAGUUACAUCAUGUUACCUAUGUUAUAAAUGUAUUUGCUGGUUACACUUUCUUUUUAGACUCAACCUUAAACACAAAGCAGGAUUGUUUGGAGAUCUGAAAGACAUUAGGGUCUCAAACUGAUGAGACAGGACAAUCAAACUUUACAUGGCGCUUUUGGUGAAUUUGUUACAGAUUUUUGUUUUAGACUGAAGCAGAGGACUGCUUCUUCCCCGUUUAAGAGUUUCCUUUUUGACAUCAGUUAGUUUGAUUAUAUAUACGAUGUAGAGCCUUGAAGCUGUAGAGGGCAGGAAGAAUACGAUUGCAACCACAUUUCGUCUGUUUUGCUUAUUAUUAGAGAUCUUGUGCAACUUAAGGUUUUUAUUUUAUUGUGCAGCUACCAGGCUAGUGCCAAAUGUUGAUUAUUGUCACGACGCAAAGAUGCAUAGCUGUGGAAAUGCAGUGCGUGUUCUGUUCCCUGACUAUUUUGGAGCUCCAAACAGGAAGUAGUUGUUACCCUUAUUGUCCUCUUAAUCGGUAGAACGACCAUGCAAGAACUGCCUUGACUACUCUGAGGAAAAAAUAAAUUUAAAAAAAAGAAAGGGAAAAAAAAAACAAGUAUUAAGUGUAUUUCAGUAUUCAAGUUUUUUAGUAUAUACCAAAUAACUUGGUCACUCUUCUGCUAUGGUUUGUAAUCAAAAUGUUAUCAUAGUAUAGUUAAAAUGAUCACAGUUAUAUUAUUAUCAUGGACUAAAUGAUAAACUUAUGGUUUGGAGUGAUGGUGAUCUUAAAAAAAAGAUAUGUUUAACUGUCUUUUGUAAACACUUAUUUUUCCAUAAAUUCUAUUUUAGGUGUCCAGUGCCACAAAGUAAAUAAAUGCUUCUUCUUGUCGACCGACAAAAACAGUAUGUAAUUGUAUUGUGUAAAACGUCAUGGGUUAAAAACUUUUUAAAAUAGAUGAAAUGGGUAAUUACAGGUUUAUUGAAGUAAAGUCUUGGAAGAAAAAAAACAGUUUCAGGACAUCUGAAGUAUUUAUGUAUCAAAGCAUCACGGGUGCGCUGACGGGCAGAGUGAGCAGAUAUUUAUUUAAAACUAGUGUCAUUGCUUAUGCCUAUUGAAAAGGUGGCUGUCUUUUCAUCAGAGUAGCUUGUGAUCUGUUCUCUAUGCUUACUUGGCAUGAUAUUUUAGGCAUCCAGUGAUCCGGUAUGAAUGGAAGCGUGUAUUAAAAAAACGUGCCCUGCAGCUGUGUGCAGGAGCAGGAACUUUGUCAAAUAUUUGGUUUGUUACUCCCGAGCUUAACUGCUUCAUGUCUAUUUAGAUGGCAUAAAAUGUGUAGUCUCUUUUUUUUUUUUUUUUUAAGAUCUUUACCAAAUCACACAAUGUUGACUUCUGGAUUAUAGGCUGAACUCUUCAUUCCUGCCUCACUGAACCAGUCAUGUUUCUGUUUUCUGUUACGUCUCCAUUCAAAGCAACUUACACACGCUUAGAAUUGAGAUCUAUGUUUGUAUGUCCAAAAAAGAUUUGAUUUUGGUGCCGAUUGCAGGGUAGUCAGGUUAGCGAGAAGACUUUUUGUUAAUGGACAUAAGUGUAUUUUUCUUCAUGUGUUCUCCCUAACCCUCAGGUUGUGGAUUUGGUGACAUCUGGAUUUGUGUUAUCAGCUUUCUUUAUGUUAUGACGACACAUCCUGUGUAUCCUGAUCCACAGGAAAUGACUCCGUUUAGGGGGGGCGAGGGUUCGGACUCACCGUUUUGUCGAAAUAUUGUUUUCGUGUAAAUAGCAGCAUCAUCGGUUUUAGUCCAGAUGUUUUUAGCCACACUGCAAUCGUCCCGGUUUGCCUUAGCUUACCUAUCCUGGGCUUACAGUAGUAGUCAGUCACUCCUGCUAGCCCGACCUUUCAGUGAGUUUGUUAGGCCUGCAGCGCAGAGAGCUGCAGGCGAUCAGAGGACCAUUCUUUUUCUAUUCUACCCUGUAUUCAGUUUGACCUCCUGUAUGUGCAAAGAUGUUUAUCCUUUUGGUAUAGAUUGUUCCAGAUGGCAGUUUAAGCAAUAAAAAAGUAAAAAGAAUUAAGCU